UGUCAGUUGUCAAUAGUGUCACCGUUACACAGCGAAAUAUUUUCGGCUGUAAUAGUAUUCGAAGUUUUUAAUAAAACAAAGUUUUGUUGUUAAAAAUGGUAGUUGUUGAAGAUGUAGAGAUGAAAAACGCGGACAGCCCUUCGGGACUAGAAGCAGGUGACAACAAAAAAGAUACAGAUUUACAAAGUAUCUUGGAAAUACGUGAACAUGGUAGACAAAUUGAAAAGUCUGUAACCAGUAAAGAAAAUCGCUUUAUAUUAAGAGUAUUACGUUGCUUACCAAAUACUCGAAGAAAACUUAAUGGUUUAGUUUUAAGAAGUCUUAUAAAUCAAAUUUAUCCUGUUGCUGAACGUGAAGUGCUUAUUGGUUUCACUGAAGAACCAUCCGGAGAGCUAGACGCCACACAAUCUAGAGCCCGAUCUGCCGUUAAAUCUCCUGUUCCGGAAGUGGACGCAUAUAUUAACUUGCUAAUUUUGGUUCGUUUAAUUGAUACAAAUAAACUUGCUGAAGCAGAGAGAUGUUCUCAAGCACUAAUGAAUAAAAUAACCAGUCAGAACCGACGUACUAUUGACCAUAUAGCUGCGAAAUGUUACUUUUAUCAUUCAAGAGUUGCCGAGCUUACUAACAAAUUGGAUUCAAUCAGAGGAUUUUUACAUUCUCGUCUCCGUACUGCUACAUUAAGGAAUGACUUUGAAGGACAAGCUGUUCUUAUUAAUUGCUUAUUAAGAAAUUAUCUACACUACUCUUUGUAUGAUCAAGCUGAUAAACUUGUAAGCAAGUGUGUUUUUCCUGAAACAGCUAGUAAUAAUGAGUGGGCAAGAUUCUUAUAUUACCUUGGUCGUAUUAAGGCUGCUAGAUUAGAAUACAGUGUAGCCCAUAAACAUCUCGUGCAAGCAAUGAGAAAAGCCCCUCAGAAUGCUGCUAUAGGUUUCAGACAAACAGUACAAAAACUUACUGUUGUUGUAGAACUACUUUUAGGAGAUAUACCAGAAAGGCAGAUAUUUAGACAAGCUACAAUGAGGUACUCACUUGCACCUUACUUUCAGUUAACCCAAGCUGUUAGGAUGGGGAAUCUUCAACGUUUUGGGGAAGUUCUAGAGAAUUUUGGAGAUAAAUUCAGACAAGAUCAUACAUUCACUUUAAUUCUACGCUUACGUCAUAAUGUAAUUAAAACUGCAAUAAGAUCUAUUGGGCUUUCAUAUUCCAGAAUUUCUCCACAAGAUAUUGCUAAAAAACUUGGAUUAGAUUCUGCGGAAGAUGCUGAAUUUAUUGUAGCUAAAGCAAUUCGUGAUGGUGUAAUUGAAGCUACUUUAGAUCCACAAGGUGGUUUUAUGAGAAGCAAAGAAAGUACAGAUAUUUAUUGUACAAAAGAACCACAAUUAGCUUUUCAUCAAAGAAUAUCAUUUUGCUUAGAUUUACACAAUCAAAGUGUCAAAGCAAUGAGAUAUCCUCCUAAAGCUUAUGGUAAAGAACUGGAGUCUGCUGAAGAAAGAAGGGAAAGAGAACAGCAAGAUUUGGAGCUGGCCAAAGAAAUGGCCGAGGAAGAUGAUGAUGGAUUUCCAUAAAUUUUUUUUGUAUUUAAUAUAUUUUAUUGAAUGUUUGCUUUUUUGUAUGAAUAGAUUCUUUCUUAAAACAUAUCAAGAUGGAUUUUCUCAUUAUUCAUAUAUCCAUUCCUGAAGGAUAUGUUUGCUUCAAAUCUUGUUUAUCAAAAUUAUUGUAGUGAACUCCGGUUGAUAAAAAAAAAUAAGAGUUUGAAUAUUUUGUUGAAUUUUUUGCUUUUCUUAAUUCAUUGAAUAGAUUCUUAUUUUUCUGCUUUAUUUGAAAUAUAUAUGAGGGAAGGAUUAGUACCAAUAAUAGUUGGGUCAAUUUCGAUAAUCAAAGUUAUAUAAAUACCCAACAAGCUGGAAAUCAGUAAAAUUGUUUAAAAUAUUUUUAAAAAUAAAAUUUGAAAGUUCCCCAUCAUUCCCGUGUAUGGAAAAAAGAUCAAAGGUGAAAAAAAUAAGUCGCGAUUUGGAGCAAAACUGUAAACUAUCAUAAAAAUACUUUAAACAAAAAUUGCAGAUCAUAAAAUUAUCUACAAAAAGGGUAUCCAUACUUUUUUCCUGCAAGCUACCGUUUCUGACAAACGUUAUCUUAGGUAAAUUCGUACAGAAAUUGUAGCCACCUAGAAGUUUUUAUUGAACCCCCAUGGAUUUUUUUAUAUGAAAUUAUCUUUAAGAAAUGAUAUACAGUACGACCCCGAGAAACUAAGCAAUGGUACCAUAUUAUCCAAAUGUCAUUUUCCAUAAAUGAUUUUCCUUUUUUUUUGUAAAAUUAAAUGUGUUUUAUGUAUACCAAGACAGGUCCUAGUUAUUGUAGGCAGAUGGCAGAUCUUGGGCUUGUUGAAACAAUAGGCCGGCCCUGACAUCUUUUUUAGUAGCUAAUUUAUAAUUGAUUGAAAUGAAAAAAACUUUUGGGACAACCUGUAUGUAAUAAACUGUUUCAACUUGGUAAUAUACUUUUCAAAAUUUCUUCGUUUUUUUUAUAGAAAGUUUGUUGUUAUCUUACCGCUGAAUAGAAUUUUUUGUCCACAAGUAAACAGUUUUCUGCGUGUAGUAUUUAUAUUUUCAGUUUUUUCUUCGAAUUAUCUAGAUAUUAAUAUCGGUGGGGUAAUUGAAAUGUGAGGGGACUUGUAUAUGUAAAUAAAAAACACCUUUU